ACAUAUAUAUAUACAUAAAAUUAUUACUGUAAAUAAAACGUGUAUUUUCAAUUAAUAGCUGGACUCCAGAGGGUUAAUUGCCGUAUUUAUGCUGAAAUUGUGCACAUUAAGCAUUGCUUAUUGGCUGUACGGUUUACAAUUUGUCAUUAAGUCUGAUCUGAUGAUCGUUUUACGUAGUUAUCUGAUAAACGUUACCUUUGCACCAACAGCUGUAACAGCUAACUACUUUAACUCCUCCUUUGACUGUGGCUUAUUUCCCUCUUCCGGUGUCCCGGCAGUGAAGAGCAGGACAUUAACAUGACUGCAAACCAGGCAUGACAGGUGACACUGGAGGGAUGAUCAACAUGAUGGAGCAACUGGGCAGAAACAACAACUUUUCACAUGGGGAAGAAGACCCUGACCCCUCCGCUCUCUCAUCCUCCAGCAUGUCUAUUGACAAGCUCUUACCGGCUCUCCUGGAGUGCUUUGGGAUAAUAUUAUGUGGAUACAUCGCAGGGAGGGCAAACAUCAUCACGUCCACCCAAGCUAAAGGAUUGGGGAAUUUUGUGUCCAAGUUUGCCCUCCCUGCACUGCUGUUCAAGAACAUGGUACUGUUGGACUUUGGUAACGUCAUCUGGCCAUUCCUGUGGAGCAUCCUCAUCGCCAAAGUGUCUGUGUUCUUCAUUGUCUCCAUUCUCACGUUGAUAGUUUCCAGUCCUGAGAGCCGCUUUAGUAAGGCUGGGCUUUUCGCAAUAUUUGCCACCCAAAGCAAUGACUUUGCUUUGGGAUAUCCUAUCGUUGAGGCCCUGUACCAGAGCACAUACCCAGAGUACCUCCAGUACAUCUACCUGGUUGCACCUGUGUCCCUGAUGCUUCUAAACCCCAUUGGCUUUGCCUUGUGUGAGAUCCAGAAGUGGAAGAAUCAGGGAAACCACCAGCAGAGAAAAAUCGUGAUAGUGGGACAUGUACUUUUACAGGUCCUGAAGAACCCUAUAGUGUUCAUGGUUGUCAUCGGCAUCAUCGCCCAUUUUGCCCUGCACCAGACAAUUCCUCCCUUCAUGGCUGAAUUUGUGGAUGGCUUGGCCAACUCUUUUGGGGGAGCAGCACUCUUCUACUUGGGUCUCUCCAUGGUGGGACAGAUGGGAAAAUUAACCAGAUCCACAGUCGUGACACUGAUAUUACUUAUUACAGCAAAACUGUUGCUGAUGCCGCUGAUUUGUAAAGAUAUGGUGGAUCUGCUGGACAAUAGCAACAGCAGCACUUCGAACCAUUCAAGUCUCUCCAAUUAUGCCUUUCUUUAUGGAGUGUUUCCCACUGCACCAAGUGUGGCCAUCUAUGCUGUCUAUUAUAACGCAGAGCUAGAAGUUGUAACCUCAGGGAUGGUGAUCAGCACUUUUCUGUCAGCUCCAAUAAUGUACGUUUCAGCCUGGUUACUGACAAUGCGUUGGAUGGAUCCUCAGCUGUGGAUGAAUUCAUUGCAGAAUGUCAGCUUUAACCUCAGCAUAGUGAGCUUGGUUCCACUGGUGUGGACAAUCGGUGUCAUGUUUUUAAGUAAGAAAUUCAAGAGGCUACCUCACAUGUUCACAGUGAACCUUUUCUUGGCCCAGUUUCUAACUUGCACUGGGAUGAUUCUGUGGAAAUUUGUGGUGAAAGAAGACAACUUUGUCGGGCAGGUCCUGACGUUCACAUUAUUAUGUACCUCACUCUACAGUACCUUUUUUUGGCCAGGUCUAAUAGCACUCUCUCUUGUGCUUUUGAAAAGCUAUGAGGAUGUGAAAGUUUCACCAGCUGUGUUUGUCAUUGCUGGCUGGGGGGCUCCAGCCUUAGUAACUGCUGUGUUACUCAUUUCUGGGGAGAAACUUCCUGACACGAUUGACCCAACAUUCUUUUACGGCAAAUCACAGAUAAUCUGCACCACAGUUGUAGUUUCCCUCAGCAUACUGCUGGGAGGUUGCUCUCUUGUGUGUCUCAGGAGAGGAAGCUGGGACCACAGUGACCAAAUCCAAGAGGGAAAUUCUGCAGAGAAUCUUGAAGACCAGAGUCUGUUUGAGCCAGUCACCCCAUCAGGAGAUCUCAACAGAGCGUGCCUCAUAUGUGAAUGUGCGCCACCCCAGCCCAUGCCUGACAUGAUCAUCAGCACGAACAUGAACAACACACCAUCCACACUCCCAGGUCUGUGUGAGAACAGCUGCGAGUCCACAGACUGCCUGCUUGUCCAAGUGGAGGAGCUCCAACAGGUUGCAGAUAGACAAGUGGCCCGUCAUGUCCUCUUGUGUUUGCUUCUGACUGUCAGCUUGCUUGCUAACCUGUCCAGCUGCGUGUGGUUGCUCUUUAACCCAGUUCCUGGUAGACUCUACUUGGAGUUGCAGUUCUUCUGUGCUGUGGCUAACUAUGGGCAGGGAUUUCUCUCCUUUGCUCUGUUUGGCCUGGACAAGCAUCUGAUUAUACUGCCAUUUAAAAAGAGGUUAUACAGACUGUGGUACGGAAAGAAGCUAGAAGAGCAGCCGCAGACUGAUUUACCUGAGGAAAUUAGGAUGACCUGCACCCAGUUCACCAAAUACCACAAAGACCAGUGUUCUCAUGACAUUGUCAAAAAGAGAAGGUGUGGGAAGAGGACUGUGGUGGACUGUUUUCUUGGGUGUGAACUUGUGGAGUGGCUCCAGCAGGUAGGCCUGGCUCAGGACCGCGGAGAGGCGGUAUUCUACGGGUCACAGUUGCAGCAGGGUGGUGUACUCCAGCACAUCGGGCAGGAAUACGACUUCCAAGACAGUCGCCUUCAUUACCGCUUCAGAGCAUAAGACAUAAAGUCCACAUUUCUUGUUUUACCAAAGGUAAUUGGCAUUUUAGUUGAGGUCAGGCAACAUGAAGAACAAUACUGACCGUAACCUAUCCAGAUUAAAAAUUGUGCUUGCACUGCCAUACUCUGAACGUACAUCCCGUCCAGCACUUCACAAUGCAGUAUUGUGCAGCAUAUUAUCCUGGUUGGGUGCUGGAACAGACCACAGCAGACUGUGAUGUUGGGUUUGUUCACUAGUGUAACAGACUUCAAACUUUCAAACCAAAGAGGCCAAAUGCAUCGUGUGGAUUUGGUCUUAAAGGGAAUUAUUAUUAUUAUUAUCUUUUAAGUAAAAUUUCUUAUUUUUUAUUUUAACAUUUAACUUCUCAAGAUAAUUGCUGACAUCUUGAGUUGCUGAAACAUUGCUAUAACAGUCAAUCAGGAAUAUGAGCUGUCGGAUGAUCAUACAUGCACAGUAAACCUCCUGUUUAGCCACUUCAACAGAACCAUUUAUUUUGAGUUAAAACCUAAAGUGGGAUUACUUGAGAUGGCAGUUAUAAUCCAUCAAUGUGCAGAUUAGAUUUUAACCAAGAAGUAUUUUCACUGAUGUCCAUAAUGGACAAUAACCAUUUUAACAUUUGUCAGUUUCGCUUGCAUGUUAAUAUGGGACACUGCUAGUUUAUUUACAUUUCAAGCUGUCGGGUCUGUUUGACUGAGUUGUAGUGACAUCUCUGCAUGCUUUAAUCUGCAGGGAAGUUGGUUGGUAAAAUAUUAACACAACUGAAAAGGACUAAUGAAUAAAACUACAAAAAUAAUAUGCAUUUCUAAGAAUAACAUAAUGAGCAUUGCCAAUCUUCAAGGGUUAAACAAGGCUUAGCUGCUUUUUUAAAAGACUUUUAGGCCUUUUUAUGCAGUCUCAAUACAUGCACUUUGACUUUUAGUUGUUUUCUUUUAUGCUGCGUCGGAGUGCAAUGCAAAAAGCUGCCUUCAAAUAAAAAAAAUUCUAUGUGCAGGCAAAAUGUUCCACUCUUCUGCUGAAUGUAUUGUCCUUUCCUGGGACACUUCAGAGUGUAUUAUCACUCUUCUACCAAAACCACUUGCCAAAAGAAAAAAGGGAAGAUGUGGUUAAAUCUGCAUCCUUUUUCCAUUAAUUUAUCUUUUGAUUAAGUUAGUUCCACCAGUUAGUUAACUGGUGUUGUAGAAUGGAGCACGAGUAGCUUUGAUGACCAGCAGUUUAACAUGACUUUGCACUGAUGUAGAACAGUAGUUACACUGUAACCAUGGUUAUGUUGGACAACACA